UCGAGUUCUCACUGCGGGCUCGUUCAUGGCCUCUGCUGCUGGCGAGGCGCCGCCAGGGCCCUGCCGCGGGGAGAUCGGGCUGCAGUUCUGGGUGGAAGCCUUGCAGCUGGUUCCCGGCUUGCUGGCUCCCGCUGUGCUGCUGGGAGUCGCCUUGGGCGUCGGCGCCGCGCUCCUGCUGUGUUUCUAUGUGAUCGGGCCUCUUCUGCAAAACAAGAAAGAUGAUUCUCAAAGGCUUCUGGAAAGCUUUCACUCGGAUGUACAUGGACAUCUUGAUGAAAAUGUACCCUUACCCAGAAAGAAGAAAACUGAAACGCAACUGUCAGAGGAGGAAAUGGUGCUGGAAGGAAAUGAGUCUUCUUUGAACAGUAAUAUCACAGCAUUUGCACUCAAAGCAAAAGUCGUCUAUCCAAUCAAUCAAAAAUUUAGGCCUCUGGCAGAUGGAUCAUCCAAUCCAUCUUUGCAUGAGAAUCCAAAGCAGGCUGUUCUGCCUAAUCAGAUAAUGGAAACUUCUACUUCAAGCAGCCUUGGAUCCCUGAGUCAUGGAGGCAAGGAGGACUGUAGUUCAUGUACAACAAUACAUUCUGCAACUAGUGAUGACAGAUUUCAGGACCGAGCCUUCCUGAAGGUGACCUGCUUCCCUGAAGUUCUGACUUGUGAGAGUUUUGAUGUUAAACUGUGCCUGUAUAGUCUUCUUUUGAAAGAAUUGCUGCUGCUUGAUAUUGAACUAAGAAGGGAAAAACAGGUGAUAUUUAUUCAGGUUCUCAGAACGUACCUCUCUGAUUUUUAUCUUAAAAAGAAGAUUACUGAAGAUUUGUACCAGAAGAUCAUUUUGACGCAAGAAACUGAUUUGGAAGAGUUACAGAAACAACUUACCUCCAGACUACUGAGUACUGAAAUGUCAGGCGCUCGUAAUUCAGAGUACCAGACCUUAGAAGACUUAGAAAGGAAAGAGAGGGAAUAUUCUGAACAUAUCAUAGAUAAUAUGGAAGCUUUCUGGAAGCAGGCAGACAAAGUCGAGCAGUUUCUCCUGAACCAAUCAAAUUGCUCAAGUGCCAAAAGAGGAAAGAUGAUGAUGUAUCUGACUGAGAGAAUGAUUGCAGUAGAAGGGUUAUUAAGCCAGUCUCAGGAUUUGCAAGCAAUGGACAUUCAGGAAAGAAUAUUUAAUUGGGAGCUAAUGGUGAAAAUGGUCGAUUUUUUGAAGACAAAGAUACAAGAAGAAAGUAAAUGUAGACUAGAUGCUGUAGCUGGCAUAUUGGACCAAUUAACGAUAAAGAGCAACCUCUCUCUUUCGCAGAAGGAUGAGCUUUUAACAGGCCUGCACAAGGCCUUCUUGGAGCAAGUAGCACAUUGCAAUAACGAAUGUGUCCAACAAGGUAAAGACCUAAUCGUGAAACUCCUGGCAUGUCGUACAAGGAAGAUAAGAGAGAUCAAACAAGCUCAGAAGGAUGAACAAGGGGACCUACUCAGUAAAACUCAGAAAAUAGGGAAACUUGAUAAGUUUCUGAAGGCCUGCCAUGAAAUGUUAGAGAAGCAGAGACAGACACUGCAUAAUCUGGAAGAAGAGGAUGACUGCCAAAGCACUGAGGCCAUUGCAGAGCUCCAUCAGGAACUGUGUUCUGGAACUUCCAAUGCUUUAGAUGAGUUGGUGCAAGAGUUAUUUCUUCAGACUCUUCCUACCAAGACUGGUCUGUCUUUAAGAGAAUGUGAACUUCUAAAAGAAGAAUGUCAGGAGAAUUUGAUCCUUCAGUUAGAGAAAUGGGACAGCUGUAGACAAAAGCAGUGGAAGCUCUUUCAAGAACAACUGCAACAAGAAAAACAGCUGUGGACCAAGGAGUAUGCUUUGUCUGCUGUGAUGCAAAAACACCUGUCUGAGAAACAUGAGAAGAUUAUCCAAAAUGUUUUAAGCCGAUUAGGUGGCCUCUGUGAGGAGUCUGCUAAAUACAUAUUACAGAAGCACAGACUCUUGCUGUGUUCAGUUCUCAGAAGGUUAGCAGUCCGAAAUGUUGCUAUGGCUACUCUGACUCACAUGAAAAUGUCCCAGAAGAAAAGCUUGCUUCAGGAGCUAAGAGAACAACAUACCCUGCAAAAGAGUUCCUCACACUGUCAAGAUGAACACCAGUGGCAACUACAGAACGCAAUGGAAUCUCACAUUCUGGAAGAAGAGGAGAAGCUGGAGGAGGAAACUCAACAAACACGUUUGGAAUUUCAUCAGCAGUUAGUUGCAGAAAUCCAAGAAGCUCUUCAGCUUGUGCAGCAGCACAUGGAACAAGUGAUUGGGCAGGCCUUGCUCCAGCAUGCCCGGCAAGAAGCUGCUAAGCAAAGCUCUGACGAUGGAGAGGACUUCAAGGAGAGACUGAUAGAAGCAGCUGUAGAGAGUGUAUAUGUGACCAGCAAUGGUGUCAAUAGACUGGUGCAACGCUACUACCAGCAAAUAGAAAAAAUCAUGGAUGGGCAUGAAAACAGAAAACUUCAACAGCUGAAAUCCUUUCAGGCAGAAAGGACUGAAAAUAACAGACUCAGAAAAAAACAAGAAGAAAAUGAACAUUCAUUGAAAGAAAAAGUGAAUCAAGGCACCUGGAACACGUCAUCUGCAGUCCAUCAAAGGAUGUUGUUACAACAGCAAAAAUUCUUGGCUCAGUUUGAUGUGCAGCAGCAGGUUCGUCUGGACUCCCUAAAACAGAAGAUACUGGUGUUGCAUCAUCUAGAAACACAACUUGAAAAUCAGCUAAAGCAAGCGGAACAGGAUUUCAUCACUGAGCUAGCUGCAUUGGCCCGAGUUCCCCUCACAGUGCGCAAGCAGCCUUUAAAUAGGAGCGUGCAAUCAGGAAAAAGCCAAAAAACAGAAAGGAAGAACUCCCAUUCCUGGGGAAAAGAGGAUUCUGGUGACUUCAGUGAAAAAUGACCAAAUGCCCCAGGAACACACUUCUGGAUCAGUCAG